UUUGCCUUUUGUUAUUUGCACUCGCAUUGUGUUGUUUGUCUCUGAAGCCGCCUCAUGACCAGCCAAGGGAUUUCACCUCGUCCUUGAGAGCUACACGGGGAGCGCGGGCGAGCGAGCGAGCGAGAGACAGGGGGGGAGAGGGACGCGCGCGCGCACACACACUCACACACACUCACACACACACAGACACACAGACACACACAGAGUGGAAAAGGCGAGCCACCAAAACCCAUCUCCAGUCUCCUCCCGGGGCCCCAGCCCGCCACUGUGCCACUUUGCAUCCCGCGCCGGAGGAGACAGUCGGGAGAGCCGGUAAGGCAUUUUAAUCAGCCCAUGGUAUAAAGGCAAACUUCAAGAGGAUCCUUAGAAGUCUUGGACAAGCCUCCCCACAUGUGGCAGGUGCUGUGCUGGCCUCUGGUGACCCCAAGAUGAUGAGAAAUAUGUUCCUGCCCGCAAGGAGCUAGCGAUCUACUAGGCAUUCCUUUUGCUGAUGACAUGAUUCCUGUUUGAAUCUGUUUACAAGAUUCUGAAAGCUGAACAGAGAAUUUUGGCACUGCACUGGGCAGGAAAAAGCAUUGGAAGCUAUAGAUAAAACAAGGACUUCGGGAGUGGGAGAGAUUGGACUGGGAGACUCAGCAGGGAAACUGAGCCAUGAUCAUUUCUUCUUUCUCCAAUCCUGGUCUAAGAGCUCCAAUUUUGGUAUGAAAACCUGUCAACUGUAAGAACUAAAAUAACAAGAGAAACUGCCAACAUUCACUGAGGACUUACUACUUUCCAGGAUGUCUUCCAAGCGACCAGCCUCUCCGUAUGGGGAAGCAGAUGGAGAGGUAGCCAUGGUGACAAGCAGACAGAAAGUGGAAGAAGAGGAGAGUGACGGGCUCCCAGCCUUUCACCUUCCCUUGCAUGUGAGUUUUCCCAACAAGCCUCACUCUGAGGAAUUUCAGCCAGUUUCUCUGCUGACGCAAGAGACUUGUGGCCAUAGGACUCCCACUUGCCAGCACAAUACAAUGGAAGUUGAUGGCAAUAAAGUUAUGUCUUCAUUUGCCCCACACAACUCAUCUACCUCACCUCAGAAGGCAGAAGAAGGUGGGCGACAGAGUGGCGAGUCCUUGUCGAGCGCAGCCCUGGGAACUCCGGAGCGGCGCAAAGGCAGCCUGGCUGAUGUUGUGGACACCUUGAAGCAGAGGAAGAUGGAAGAGCUCAUCAAAAACGAGCCAGAAGAAACCCCCAGUAUUGAAAAGCUACUAUCAAAGGACUGGAAAGACAAGCUUCUUGCAAUGGGAUCAGGGAACUUUGGUGAAAUAAAAGGAACUCCUGAAAGCCUAGCUGAGAAGGAGAGGCAGCUUAUGGGUAUGAUCAAUCAGCUGACCAGUCUGCGAGAGCAGUUGUUGGCUGCCCAUGAUGAGCAGAAGAAACUGGCUGCAUCUCAGAUUGAGAAACAACGCCAGCAAAUGGAGCUGGCCAAGCAGCAACAAGAACAGAUUGCCAGACAACAGCAGCAACUUCUGCAGCAACAACACAAAAUCAAUUUGCUUCAGCAACAGAUCCAGGUUCAAGGUCAACUGCCGCCAUUGAUGAUUCCCGUAUUCCCUCCUGAUCAACGGACACUGGCUGCAGCUGCCCAGCAAGGAUUCCUCCUGCCUCCAGGCUUCAGCUACAAGGCUGGAUGUAGUGACCCUUACCCUGUUCAGCUGAUCCCAACUACCAUGGCAGCUGCUGCCGCAGCAACACCAGGCUUAGGCCCACUCCAACUGCAGCAGUUAUAUGCUGCCCAGCUGGCUGCGAUGCAGGUAUCCCCAGGAGGAAAGCUCCCAGGCAUACCCCAAGGCAACCUCGGUGCUGCUGUAUCUCCUACCAGCAUUCACACAGACAAGAGCACAAACAGCCCGCCACCCAAAAGCAAGGAUGAAGUGGCACAGCCACUGAACCUAUCAGCUAAACCCAAGACCUCUGAUGGCAAAUCACCCACAUCACCCACCUCUCCCCAUAUGCCAGCUCUGAGAAUAAGCAGUGGGGCGGGCCCCCUCAAAGCCUCUGUCCCAGCAGCAUUAGCUAGUCCUUCAGCCAGAGUUAGCACAAUCGGUUAUUUAAAUGACCAUGAUGCUGUCACUAAGGCAAUCCAGGAAGCGCGGCAGAUGAAGGAGCAACUUCGGCGGGAACAACAGGUGCUUGAUGGAAAGGUGGCUGUUGUGAAUAGUCUAGGUCUCAAUAACUGCCGGACAGAAAAGGAAAAAACAACACUGGAGAGUCUGACUCAGCAACUGGCAGUUAAACAGAAUGAAGAAGGAAAAUUUAGCCAUGCGAUGAUGGAUUUUAAUAUGAGUGGAGAUUCAGAUGGAAGUGCUGGAGUCUCAGAAUCAAGGAUUUAUAGAGAAUCUAGAGGGCGUGGUAGCAAUGAACCCCACAUAAAGCGUCCAAUGAAUGCCUUCAUGGUGUGGGCUAAAGAUGAACGAAGAAAAAUCCUUCAAGCCUUUCCUGACAUGCACAACUCCAACAUCAGCAAGAUAUUGGGGUCUCGCUGGAAAGCUAUGACAAACCUAGAGAAACAGCCAUAUUAUGAGGAGCAAGCCCGUCUCAGCAAGCAGCACCUGGAGAAGUACCCCGACUACAAAUACAAGCCCAGGCCGAAGCGCACCUGCCUCGUGGACGGCAAAAAGCUGCGCAUCGGGGAGUACAAGGCCAUCAUGCGGAACCGGCGGCAGGAGAUGCGGCAAUACUUCAACGUUGGGCAACAAGCACAGAUCCCCAUCGCCACUGCUGGUGUUGUGUACCCUGGAGCCAUCACCAUGGCUGGGAUGCCCUCCCCUCACCUGCCCUCAGAGCACUCAAGCGUGUCUAGCAGCCCCGAGCCUGGGAUGCCCGUCAUCCAGAGCACUUAUGGCGUGAAAGGGGAGGAGCCACAUAUCAAAGAAGAGAUACAGGCUGAGGACAUCAACGGAGAAAUGUAUGAUGAAUACGACGAGGAAGAGGAUGACCCAGAUGUAGAUUAUGGGAGUGACAGUGAGAACCAUAUCGCAGGACAAGCCAACUGAUAAGGGUCAAAAGAUUGCCGUGACUUUAGGACUUAAAGAAGCCCUAGCUGGUUCAUCCUUACCAGUGGCCAAGCACAUUAACUUUCUCAUACACUGACUGUUACUUUAACUGUUAGUCUUAAAUAGUUGGGACAUCAGCUGACUAAUAGACCUCAGCCUCAAAAGGCUUGGAAAGGAAAAAAAAAAAUAUAUACAACAAGCAAACAACAAUAUCAACAACAAGAGAUUGAAAUAAGCUAUGGGUAAAAUAAUGCCAGUAAUUCAGCUGCUACAUCCAAGCACUGAAGUCUUACCCGUCAACUUUUUUUUUUUUUUUUUA